AUGUGUCUCUUUGUUCUUCGUCACCUUCCUGGUGCUCGCGACGAUGUCAUGCCUAACAAGCUUCACUGUCGCGUCGACGACUGGAUGUUUAUAACAAUUGAGGAUAUCUUGAAUACUCUCCAACAAGAUUGGGGUGAGGUUCUGGAAACCAGAGAUGAUGCGCAGCUUGAAGAGAUGGCUUUGUGCAUUAGUAAUAAUACCUCGAGGCCGAUUCGUGACGAGCAUUCGAGUGCAAAGGCAUGGACUGAUCAGUUCACUGGAAAUAACAUUCGCUGGGAAUCAAUCGGUCUGAUCUGGACAUAUUGGAAUGGCGCUCCUGGAAUGGAAGCUGCUGCUGUGAACAAGUGUUUAGGCUAUUGCGUUGAGCUUGUUCGCCAUUUUACUACUGCAAACGAUAUCCUUCUUUAUCUUUGCUACCGCAGAACAACUAUCGAGUCGUUGGUAACAGGCGACGCUGGUUUGGCAUGCUGGAGCUACGCCGCCGAAACAGUCGCCCUCCUAACCUUCCUCGGUCAUCAUGUCAACAUCGACGACCCAAACUACAUUCCCUCCCUUUGCUCUGAGCACAAGCGCCGCAUAACAGACCGCGUCUACGCCCUUGAUAAAGUCCUCGUGUCCUUCACAGGCCGACCACCGCUUCUUAGCCACCAGUACUUCUCAGGCCCUCUGGCGAUGGACAUUGAUGACAAGGAUCUCAUGGAAGGUGAAGCCGCUAUCAAGCGCGCCAUGUCGAGGUUGGACUCGAAUGGGUAUCGGCCAGAUGGGGAGUUACUUGGUGCGGCACAUAUCAAAGCACGUAUGCAGAUUGCGCUUAUCAAGGGCGAGCUUCUUGAGAUGGCGUUGGUGAGUAACGUGAAGGCUACGUUCGAGAGGGUAGCUGAACUCAAGGCGCGCAGCGAAACAACAUAUGCGCGGUUUCCUCCGCAUCUAAUCUAUCGAGCAGAUGAAAUGGACGAUCCGAACUGCGACGUGGGUGAGGUUUACGUGAGGAUCCUCGUCCGUUUGGAACAUUUGCAGAAUUUGUUCUUCGCAGAAAGGUUGUCUCUUCGUUUGGGUCACAUUGAUGAGAAUCGAUUGCUGGUGAUCAGUUUUGAGAUGGUCAGCCUGACUCUUCUGUUUUGGACACAUCAAGAUCGCUUCUCUGGAGUCAGACGAGACUUUGAAUGGCUGUUGAUGGCCUUUGCCGCUCCAGGAGGAGGUAUCCUGUGUCUCGAACUACUUCGUCCAACAUUCCGCGGCACGCAUCCCGACUGUCCGAAACUAAGCCGCUCAGCAAUAAUACAGAAGCUCAGUCUCCUCAUCGGCUUCCUCGACUGGGUCCGACCACCCGCUCCCAACGCCGAUCUCUGUGCGGACUGCAAAGCUGUUAUACAAGGCGUGCUCGAUCACAACCUCAACGCUCCCAUCGCAGGCGUUGGACUUUAA